AUGGAGAGCAUAGAGAAACAGGAUGGAAAUGGAAUAGCCGAGAGAUGGAGGCUUCUGAGCGGCGAAAAUAACUGGGAGGGUUUAUUGAACCCUCUAGACAUCGAUCUACGACGAUACAUAAUCCACUAUGGAGAAUUGGCCGAAGCAACUGUUGAUACCUUUAAUUGUGAGAAGGUAUCAAAGAAUGCUGGAAGCAGCCGAUACGCAAAAAAAGAUCUAUUCUCUAAGGUGGGUCUGGAGAAUGGCAAUCCAUUUAAGUAUAGUGUGACCAAGUAUUUCUAUGCAACUUCAUCACUUCCUGUCCCUGAUGCAUUUAUCUUUAAGUGUUUAUCGCGGGAGGCAUGGAACAAGGAAUCAAAUUGGAUGGGGUACGUUGCUGUGGCAACUGAUGAAGGCAAGGCUGCAUUGGGGAGGAGAGAUAUUGUGAUUGCUUGGAGAGGAUCAAUUCAGACAUUGGAAUGGGUUGAUGACUUUGAAUUUGUACUAGUCUCGGCUCCGAAAAUUUUCGGAGAGAACAGUGAUCCUAAGGUGCAUCUAGGUUGGUAUUCCGUCUACACUUCAGAUGAUCCCAGAUCACCAUUCAACACGACCAGUGCCAGAGAACAGGUUCUUGGAGAGGUAAAGAGGCUGGUGGAACAAUACAAGGAUGAGGAAAUCAGCAUAACUGUUACCGGCCACAGCUUAGGAGCAGCGAUUGCGACGCUAAAUGCAGUUGACAUUGUUGUGAACGGCAUUAACAGCCCCGGUGACCAGCCGAACAAGGCUUUUCCUGUCACAGUCUUUGCAAUUGCCAGCCCUCGUGUCGGAGACUCGAAAUUCAAGAUAGCUUUCUCUGGACUACAAAAUCUUAGAGUCUUGCGAGUCCGCAAUACCCUAGAUAUUGUUCCAAACUACCCUUUCAUCUGCUACUCGGACGUUGGAGAAGAAUUGGCUAUUGACACUACUGAGUCACCGUACCUGAAGAAUCCCGGAAAUCUGGCAAAUUGGCAUGACUUGGAGGCUUACUUGCAUGGAGUUGCAGGAACUCAAGGGACUAAAGGAGGAUUCAAAUUGGCAGUGAAUCGCAGUAUUGCACUUGUUAACAAACGUAUAGAUGCUGUCAAGAACGAAUACGGCGUGCCCGCUUCGUGGUGGUGUGAGAAGAACAAGGGUAUGGUUCAACAGGAUGAUGGAACUUGGGAAUUGAUGGAUCGUGAGGAGGAUGAUGAGUUUGCCCCAUGA